CUAUUGGGUUUGUUUGUUAUGGGAAGAACUGCGAACACAAAACUUAAUUGUAAUUUAAUAAACCUUUUAGUAACCUCUCAACUAUAAAACACGGCUUUAAAUAUGUCAAUGCACGGGUUAUUACGACAAUAAUUAUAUUCGGUGAACUUCUGUUUUCAAGAUUUGUUAAUUGACUACAAUUGUUAAGUUUAUUGUAAAGUAAUACAUUUUCGCGACGCAAACAAAACCAUGUCAGAACAGAAUCAAACAGAGAGUAUACUUCAAGCCAUUCAUCUGACACAGAAGCUUCGCUCCAGCGUAGCGAAAGUCUUUCAAAACAUGGCAGAUGGAUGCUCUGUUGAAAAGGGGAACGAGAAACACAUUUUGAACAAAUUUCAUGAGUCUUUGUUGGCAGUGAACAAUGACAUCAGUGAUCUUGAAAAGACUGGAAACAUGCUGGUAAGCCCCUCACCUGUGACUGCUAACAGUAUGUACUUAAGCAACGACCCAGCGAUUGACAAAACUCCAGUAUAUCAGCAGAUCUUGCAGGCCUACAAGUGGUCAAAUAAGAUUUCAGAUUUGUCUGGUUUAGCAGCAAAUGUUCUAGAAGCACAGAACAAACUUAAGCGCUCUCAGCCGAUCACAAUUAUGCAAGCUAAACGCCCCAAGCGGUUGCCUCCAACAGGACAUGCCUUUCCACAAACGGUGGUAGAACAGACACUUAAUCGCUUAAGAAAGUUACCAGAAAUUUCAGACAUCAAAACAACACACCCUCUAGGCAGCCAUGCAGUCCUGCAGAUUACCCUCGGCAGCGUGUUAAAGGCUCAGGUUGCUCUACGGGGACUGAUGAUAGAGUGGGUGAAUGUGAGAGGGUACACUGAGGAGAAUCCAGAUGACUCCAAGCUUGAAUUAUGGGCAAAAUCCAGAUAUGAAGUGUUCCAAAAGGUGACAGAAAGCUGUACUGCAGCCUCUCUGUACUUCUACACCCCUCAUAAUGCAGAGUUUGCUAUCAAUUUAUUCAUGAAAUGGUUUACUCAGUACCGCACCUUGUUUUCGGCCAAAUGUUCAAAAUGUUGCAACCAUUAUCUGAAUGGCCUUCCACCAACUUGGCGAGACCUGGCCACAUAUGAACCCUACCAUGAUGCAUGCAGACAGUGAAAAAACCCUUCUACCCAUAUUUGGAUAUUUAAGAUGGAUUAUUUUGCCUAGUGAUUAAGGCGUCAGUGUCAACAGUAUGCUGGCAAGUGCGCCAUCCCCACUGAAUGAGACAUAUGCAUUGCUGCUCAGAGCUUCAAGAACAAAAUGUGCUUGUAUGCAUUUUGUAUAAAAUGGUUUAUUAUGGUUAACCAGAAGGUCUUUGAUCUUAUCAGAGUGACAUUGCCUUGUUCGUGAAUUACUGAAGUUCUGUUGUAUGUUGAAUCUGAGUAGUGAAUAUUUAAAUCAUUAAUUUUAGAUGGAAUAGUUCUGUCAUAUUUAGAUAGACUGAGCACUUAGAAGUUUCGGACCGAAAUAGUGUCAUAUUUUGGAAGCCUGAUUACUUAUUUAUAGCUAAAAUUGCAUUUGUAAAUUUGUAGUUAGCUUUUUAAUUAGACCAAAAUACAAUUUUCAUGACAUGUUCCUCAUUUGGGCUUGACAAUAGAUGCAGUAAUUAAUA